UAUACAUUAUAUAUAUAUAAUGGCCUGCUCCAUCUCCAGACAUUGAAUCUCUUCCCUAAAUUUUUUAUUCUCUCUCUCCGGAAAGAUUUGUUGCUUGCUCCCAAAGCCAACAUUCAUCUCUUCUUCUUGUUCAUGUGAAUCUCCAAACAAUUUACCAACCAAAGCAUAGCAAAUAAGCGUGAGUGAAUUGAGAUAUUCGAAUAUGAGUUGCAAUGGAUGCCGUGUCCUGCGGAAAGGAUGUAGCGAGAACUGCAUCCUUCGGCCGUGUAUUCAAUGGAUCCAGACCGCUGAAGCUCAGGGCCACGCCACCAUCUUCGUCGCCAAGUUCUUCGGCCGCGCGGGCCUCAUGUCCUUCAUCUCCGCCGUGCCGGAAUCCCAACGGCCAGCUCUGUUUCAGUCGUUGCUCUACGAAGCUUGCGGGAGAACAGUGAAUCCGGUGAACGGCGCCGUCGGACUGUUAUGGACAGGGAACUGGCGAAUCUGCCAAGCGGCGGUUGAAACGGUGCUCCACGGAGGUUCGUUGCAGCCGAUCCCGGAGCUUCUCACUCGCGGCGGCGGUUUCGCAGGAUUUCCGUCGCCGAUUUCCGACGAAACAUCCGAGAUCUGCACGGAAAUACUGAAUCUCCGGCGAGACGUUUCCGGAGACCGUAAUACUUACCACCACUGCCGAUUCUCGAGCUCUAGAUCCAGAUCGACGGUUUCUCCGCCCAAACGGAAACGUUUGGCUUCAGAGCAACCGUCGUCCGGGCUCGAUCUCUCUCUCAAGCCAAAUUUUCCGGUUAAAACGGCGCCGUGCAAGGAGGAGAUACGGCGGGCGGGAACGCCGUCGAUGAACUCGGAGGAGUCCGUAACGAUGACUUUGACGAGGAGGUCCACGUUUUGGGGGAACGACGUGGGAGAAUCCACGAAGUUGCUCAACCUUUUUGUAUGAACGGCGUCGUUUUUCCUCUUCGUGCUCAAUGUUAUUUUUUGUAAAGUAUCUGCGAGUUGCGAAAAUUUUCUCUGUUUUCGAGGUGUUAUUAAAUUAGUAGCUUAUAAAAGGGAACAGUGAUAAUCAUUUUCUUCU